UUGGAAUAAUUUUAUAUAAAAAACAAGUUUAUUACUUGAUUACUGAAAUGGCACCACAAUUGAAAAUUUUAUCCAACGUUAUAGAGCGAUUAAAAAACAUAAAUGAAGGAGUAACAGGUCACUUGUAUGGCGUUAUGUAUAAUAAUACAUUAACGGUCUUAACAUUUAGCAUAAAUGUAGUAGAUGAUACUGAAGUCAAUAUAAAUCAUACAACGUUACAAUUACACAUGCCAGCAGAGGUAUAUCUUUGCGGAAUAUUACAUGUUGGACAAUGCGAAGAAAAAUUACCUGAUUCGUUUCAGGAUAUUGAUAUCACAGAUAAUCCACUAUUUUUUAAAUAUACACAUAAUAGUUCCAAGAUAGAUGCAUAUUUUUAUAUUCACCAAAAACUCGAAGCUGUUGAUGAUAUAAAUGUCAUUAAUGAAAAUGAUAUUUAUCAAGAAUUUACGUAUAUAAGACUAAGAGGAAGCUUACCUUUAAUUAUGCAAAAUGGUAACAUAGUAGAAGUAUUAGAAGAAACAAGGAAAAAUAUUGCAUCAGGAAAGAUAGGAAUUCAGUUUCCAUCAAAAAAUACUUUUCUUUUCAAUAACCAGAAUGAUCUAAAAGAUAUAUCCCUGAAGGAACUUUUAGAUACAUCUGAACCUUAUGAAGGAAAUAAAAAUGUAAAAAAAGGCAUGAUGCAAGCAACAGGAGUUGUGGAUGCAGUGAAUGCUAAUAUACUUUUAAGGAUCUCUGGGGAUAGAUUAUCAGAGGAAAAUAUUAAAUGUGCUCCAGUUCUUCAAUAUGUAAAAAGGCCAUUUAAUAGUGUGGAAUGUAAUUUGCUAAUUGAUACAUUAUCCUUGGCCAAUUUCAACAUGAGCUCUGCAGACUUAUAUGGAGUAUUGGUAGAAUCUAUAUGUCGAAAUAUUAAGUUGAUAGAAAAAUGUUUUGAAGAUCAGCUCCAAAAUUCAGAAAUUAUGAAACUUGCAAUAUCCAAUCACUAUAAGCCUCAGAAUUUUGGACAUUUACUUACAAUUGUUUAUCCAAAUGGUUAUACUGAUAAAGAAACAAUGAAAUACCGCGAGAGUUUACAUAGAAUUUUAGGAUUAGAUAUGACUAAACCUUAUUUUCGUUACGGAAAUGCUGUUAAAUUUUGCAAUGAUUCACAAGUAGAAAACAUAUUAUUUAACCCUCAUGAAGCAAUUCAACAAAAUUAUGACACAGCAAAUAAUAGUCGUAAAAUAGGUAUUGUACAAGGUCUAUAUGCAUAUCAUCAUUACAUGCAAGAUAACUUUGAUGAUAAUGGUUGGGGAUGCGCAUAUAGAUCGUUACAAACGAUUGUUUCGUGGUACAGAUUGCAAGGUUAUACUGAUACACCAAUCCCUUCUCAUAGUGUAAUACAGAAAUGUUUAGUGAACAUAGGAGACAAACCUUCCAAUUUUAUUAAUAGCAAACAGUGGAUUGGUUCCACAGAAGUAGGUUUUGUAUUAGAAAGUCUAUUAGGUGUCAGUGUUAAAGUACUCUGUGCAUCAACAGGUGAAGAAGUAUCAAUGUUAGCUCCAAACCUUCUGCAUCACUUUCAGAUACAAGGCACACCAGUAAUGAUUGGUGGUGGAGUAUUAGCUCAUACCAUUUUGGGAGUUAAUUACGACGAAGUUACCGGGGAUGUAAAAUUUUUAAUUUUAGACCCACAUUAUACAGGUUCAGAACAUUUACCGACUAUAAUAAACAAAGGUUGGUGUGGAUGGAAAACAAAAGAUUUUUGGAAAAAGGAUGCAUUUUACAACAUGUGUCUUCCUCAAAGACCAGUGUGCAUAUGAUCAUGUUAAAGCAACAAUUCAAAGCAAAUUAUAUACCGUUACAAUGGCAGUGUUCAGAAAUACGUGUCAGGUAGUGAGUUUAAAAUAAUUUAGUAUACAAGUGCUGCAUAUGAAAAAUAAUAUUAAAUUGAACAUGCAACUUUUGGAUACUGUAUUUUAUUAAAAGAUUAUUUUUAUCUAAACAUUGGUAUUUAUAAUUUUUGUACUGAAAUGCAUUAUUGCACUGUUUUUGUUCCAUAGUUUAUAUUAGUAUAUAUCACAUGCAUUUUAACUUUGCCAAAUAACUUCUAAAAUAUGUUAUUCAAUACUAGGUGGAAGUAAAAUAUUCAUUCCAAUUUUUAUAUUAAUAUUUUAAUACUUUUUAGUAUACAAAUUUGAAAAUCAUUGUCAGAUAAGAAGCCAUAUAUGUUAGCGAAUACUUUCUGACUUUUACUGCUGUCUGUUUCCUAAAUGGAACAUUUUUUAAUGUAAAUUUUUAAUUUAUAUAAACUUUUAAUGCACUUGUAGUUGGAAUAAUUAAUAUAUAAAUUGCUAAGCUAAUAAAAAGGUUUAAUGUAAUUGUAUUAAAACACAUGUAACAUAUUCAAAAUGUAUUUAUUAUAACAUCAAUGUCAAAAUAGGCUGUUAUGUUUCUAUAUAACAUAAUUUCUUGAAUAUGUUAAUAAAUUUCACAACUACUUUUG